CUCUGGAUCGUUCCACACUGAUCCCUUCUCUCUGUACUUAUUUAUAUUUGUUUGUACAAUUUACAUUUUAGUUCCUAAAAAGUCACCUAAUUACAGUACUCAUACACCAACACCAUGUAACAGAUCAGAUAGCAGUGCAAUCUUUUGAGCAAUCGGUCUAUUUUUACCAUUUAAAGCAACACAAAAAAUGGAUAAGAUUCCUCAAUCAAGACAGACUUAAUCAUGUUAACAUCUCAAUGGUGGAGGUUCUUAUCAACAAAGAUAAAUUAGACAGCCAGCUGCCACCACAUUCCACAUCCCUCAUGUAAUAAUGUUAAGACAAGAACAUGGACGCGGUCGAUCGGUCGGUCCAAGACGGUAUUUUAUUUUUGAGGAAAACGAUACAACUCUGCUGUGUAUUUUUAUUGCAUGCAUACAUGCGCGCACUACUGCUGCAGCAUGUUACUAGCUAGCCUACAAUAUAAUAGUAAAGUGUAAAAUCAAUCCUACGGCCGGAAUUUGUGUGCUACAGUAGUAGGUGGAUAUGGGCUGCUGUGCCGCAGCAGCUUCACUGAAUUAUUGCUGACUUUCCGCAAAGAAAAAGGAAUUAUUGCGGAGGAUGUUGCCAUCACCGGGGGACGGCAUGUCCUUUGCCAAGGGAACGAGCGAGACGUCAAGACCACAUUGUACGAUAGUAUAGAGACGGCCCGAGAUCGACGUGGCCGAACGGACCACCACGCUUUUGAGUAAAGAAAAUAAAAUAACAGUUUUGCUAAAGCACAUCUAGAUGUGCCAUAAGUAUUGCACAUCUAAGUCAUAUGUUAUUAAUCUUACACUUCUUUCUCUUUUUUUUUAUGCUUGAUUCACUCACUUAGAUGUGCAAUAACUAAAGCACAUCUAAAUGUGCCCUAGACACACCCACAAAUAAUAAUAACAAGAGAAAGAGAGAUAGAGAGUUUUAGCACUUUUUUAAAUGAACAUACGAAUAAGUAGUUAGCUAAUCAUUUUAAAAAUGGUAAUAUAAACAACUAGCUGGUUAUAUCUAUGACUAGCAUGUACGUACGGAGGCCUAUAUAUUCAUGAUGUGAUCUGAUACUCAAUAACUUCAAUCAUGAGGCAGGUCAAGGAAGAGAACAGAGAGUAUUCGCAAAAAAAAAAAGAGAACACAAAGUUUGAAUUUGUGGCAUAAUGUUUAAACAAAUUAAUUCUUGGUGAAACGUUUUUUGUGGGGUUUUUUUUUGCAAGAAGUUUCUACCAGUAUAGGGUAGAAAGCAAGAGUUUCAGAUUCCUAACCUUAUCAAGGUCAUGUCCCAUAAAAAGAAGCAUAUCAUUCGCGAGGAUAUCAUUCUCAUCCGUGGUAACUUAUGAGAUAUCAUCUGUUUUUGUCUCGUCGAUUGUGAAGGUCCCUCCAUCUGAAGCACCGAGAGACUUAUAGUAUCCGCGGUGAUAUAUCGUUUCAACUCAGCCCAACCCUCGAUCUGCCCCGCAUCCAGGUUAAAAAUAUACUUCUUCCCGUGCCGCCCAUUGGCGACCAUAUCGAAACAUCGUGUGUUGUUAUCUUACUAAAAAAGAAUGGGCUUUGGAUCUUUGGUACCAUUUGAUUUCCUCUUCUCGCAAUAGACGUGCAAUCUGCUUAUUGGAUUGAUUUUUCAUAUCAAUCUCCUGAUGAGACAAAAAUGCAUGUCUCACCAAUGUUAUCGAGGUCAUCAAUAAUAGUGAGUUUCGCUCAUCGAUAUAGGAAUUGCCUAGUGUUCCCAAUUUUGUAAUUUCAUCUAUGGAUAGGCGAUCAACAACGGUGGGUCUCUCGCAUACAUUCUUAAUUAAGUCUGCAAAGUCAUCCUAUUGUAACUAUCCCAAUUCAAAUUUGAAUGAGCGGCGAGUGGCAGGGGACCGAGUAGAGUUAGUAUCAGGAAUAAUGGACACAUGGUCAUAAAGUAUCUCAAUACGCUCUAGGACACACCACACACAUGGUCACAAAAGGAAACUUCAAUUUCCAUUAUGUACCUGUGUGCAUUCAUAAGGAUGAGUGCAUGUGCGUAUAUAUGAGCGUUUGCGUCUGUAUUGCGUUAAAAAAACACAAGCAACUUGCCGCGUUCCAUAAGAACUGCCAAUAUGAAGUUUCAAGGGGGCAAAAGAGAACGUAGCAGAGUCAUUAUCGCCUUCUCGCGCUCCAUAUGUUUUGAAGAACACUCCAAAAGGGUUCAACCUUUAUGUCUAGAGGACCCUCCAUGGAUAUUUUUCCUUGGCCUGUUUGUCUUGUUCUAAUUAAGCAGCUACUGUUAGUUGUAAGUGGUAUUUCAUUGCGAGAUCGACCGGUUUGCCACUUGUCCCCCCAUAAUUAAGAAGGGUCGGCGUCAAUCCUUUUUGUUGAUCGAUACUUCCAUUCCAUGUAACAAUCAGCAGUGCAGCCUUUUGAGCAAUCUAUCAACUUUUACCAUUUAAAGCAACAGAAAAAGUGGAUGAGGUUGCUCAAUAUAGACAUAAUCAUGUUAACAUCUCAACGGCGGAGGUUCUUAUCAACACAGAUAAAUUAGACAGCCAGCUGUCUCCACAUACCUCAUGUGACAUACUCCUACGUUAGAUCAUGUAGUAUAUUGUUAUGUUAGAUAAGGCCGGGCAUAGACGCGGUCGGUCGGUCCAAGAAGGUACUAGUACCAUAUACAGUAUAUUAGACUUAGUUUCUUCUUCUCGGUAUCACGGUCGACUGGACCAAUGUCCAAAGCCAAGAUGGUUUCAUGAGCAGCAGCCAGCAGGCGCUGCUGCUGCAGCAAAUGAAUUAUUGGUGAGGAUGCUGCCAUCACGCCGGGUCCGCACUCCGCAGGUCGCUCGCCAAGAGGAGGAGACGUCAAAACCACAUUGUGCCAUAGAAUAGAGACCGGCCGAGAAUCGACCUGGGCGGACGCACCGCCGCUCUCUCCCGGAGUUGCACUGUUGCGGAAGGCGACGCGGUGCCGGUGAGCGAACGAAAUAAUAAUAGAAAGAGAGUGUUUUGACAUUUUUAAAACAUGAACAUAUGAAUAAGUAGUUAGUUAAUCAUUUUAAAACGGGCAUAUAAACAACUAACUAGUUAUCUAUAACUAGCAUGUACGUACUCAAGCCUAUAGCGUCAUGAUGCGAUCGAUGUGACAUUAAAUAACGCCAAUCAUGAUUCAUACAUGAGGCAGGUCAAGGAAGUUUGGAUGCGAGGCAUAAUGUUUAGAUCUUUUUAUUUCUUGGUGAAACAGUUUUCAUGAAUAUAUUGGUGGAAACAUAUUAAACAAUACCGAGAGAUAGUAAGUUGAAGAGGGGGGGAAACACCACCUAUCUACAGCUCAAGCUGAAUAAAGCGUGGUUGAAUAAAGUGGGUGGGAUUUUGCACAUCAAAGCUGGACGUUUUUCUUUCGCUAAAGGGAAAUUAUGGGCUCCAGAAGGUGGUGCUUUGCUUGCACGAUCUGCUACGUUGGAGUUUAACCUUUUGAGGUUCACGAGGUCGACACUUGUGUACGACGAAAAUCAAGCGUAUACUACCGUUAAUAGAAUUCUAAAUAUACUCCCACCUUGUAUAAAUGCAAUUAAAUCUUCCAAAUAAAGGAAAAAAAUAUGAUGUGAUGAGAUAAUUAAUAGGAGAGAGCAGAGUUUGAUGACUCCAUGAAUAGACCAUGUUAGCCAAGCGUACCUAAGCGGAAACAUAAUUUACUGCCUACAACUAAUUAAUAGGGUUGAUCAAAAUUGACGACCUCCAGCGAAGAGCGCCUUUGCCUUUCCAACUGCUCAAUUGUUUCUCUAAGCACUCAAGGACAUGUUCUCACUCCGUAUUAGUGAGAGGACGAUAAUGAAUGAGAAUUCUCAAAUAUUUAAUCGGGAAUUGACCUUGUGCGCAACCAAUUAGGUCAGCAUAUUGUGUAUCCGCCUCUUUGACUUCUCCAAAACAGAAGAACUCACUUUUAUGAGAGUUAAUCUUGAGACCUGACAUUUGCUCAAAAUCUGAAAGCAAGAGUUUCGAAUUCCUAGCCUUAUCAUGGUCAUCUUCCAUAAAAAGAUGCAUAACAUUGUCUUUCAGCUUUUGAGGCUAGGAUAUCAUUCUCCUAUGCUUUCACAUAGGUACGUGAGGAUAUCAUUCUCAUCUAUCGUAACUUAUGAGACAUCAUGCGUUUGGGUCUCGUCGACUGUGAAGUGCCCUCCAUCUGAAAUCCCGGAUAGAGACUUAUAGUUUCAACUCUGCCUGAUCCUCGAUCCAUUCCACAUCCAGGUUAAGAAUAUACUUAUUCCUAUGCCGCCCAUUGGCCAUAUGAAAACAUCAUGUAUUGUUAUUUCACUAAAGAAAUGAAUAGGGUUUGGAUCUUUGGUACCAUUUGACUUCCUCUUCUCGCAAUAGACGUGCAAUCUGCUCAUUGGAUUAAUUUUUUAUAUUAAUCUCUUGAUGAGACAAAAUGCAUGUCUCAAUAGACGUGCACUCGCAUAUUGUUAUCGAGGUCAUCAAUAAUAGUGGUAAGGUGUUGCUUCUUUUGACAUACCACUAGUGUGUUUCUCCCAUCCAGAUAGGAAUUGCCUAGUGGUCGCGAUUUUAAAAUUCCAUCUCUGAAUAAGAGUUCAACAAUGGUGGGCCUCUCCCAUACAUUCUUAAUUAAGUCUGCAAAAUCAUUCCGUUGUAACCAUCUCAAUUCAAAUUUGAAUGAGCGGCGAGUAGCAGGGAGCUAGUAGAGUUAGAAUCAGGAAUGAUAGAUGGGCACAUGGUCAUAAAUUGUCUCAAUACGCUUUAGGGCGCGCACACACACAUUCACGAGAGGAAACUUCAAUUUUCAUUCUACCCGAUCGAGUUUCUCGUAUGUCGGCACCAAACUAUUAUUAGCCCAAGUGUACCGCCGCCCUGAGAUAAUGCCUUCCCAAAGAUUCAAACUGCCAAUCACAACGGUUAAUAAGAAAGGCUAGUGAGUGUCAAAGCAAUCGUCACCACAUCGUCAGUCUAACAUACGUUGCGCAUAGAACAUGGAAGAGCAAACAUGCAUAUGAUUGCUUUUCCAGUUAGCCAAUCGAAACUUGAAAACAAUAGGAAUGGUCAAUGGUUGCCUGGGGGAGUCCAUGUGGGGUUCUCAAUAGAGAGAUAUUAGACCAUGUCUAUAAUAAGGCUACUGGCGAGACCUGUAAGUAAGAUCACACCCACUAACAAGAAAAAUAAGGACAAUCACUUAGCACAUUCCUUCUACUUAGAAGCAAGCAAGAUCAUCGCUUACCUGUCAAAAAAUAACGAGACCAUCGCGUACACUCUAUCCCUUCUUCUCCGUAGAAAGCAAGAAACACUAUAGUGUACAGUGUACAAUCGUCUGCGUGUAUUUGUCGCUCAAAUUGAUGUAUUUAGUAUGUAGUACUACAAGAAAAGACGAUGUGAUCAGAACAGGUUCUCGUACUCAACUAAUUGUCCCAUCAGGAGGGAGGGGUUGACCCGAUUGACACAGAAAUGGGUAGUGGAAUAAUGCCUGCGGUGCAGAAUAUCACGAGGGCGGGAAUAAUGCUAUUCCCAAGCCCAACUGAAGGAGAAGACCUUACCGUAGGUAGGCUUUUGACUUUUGAGCCCUGCACUGCAGCGCACAUGUACCCUGCCGCGCCUUCUGGAAGGACGGAAGCCGAGCAACCAUACGUUGUAGAUGUACGUCUGCAAACAAGCUACCUAGAGACGAGCCCAUCCCAUCCCACCACCUCGACAUCCUCUUCUUCUCCCCCCGCUCUCUCUCUCUCUCUCUCUCUCUCUCUCUCUCUCUCUCUCUCUGCGAGGGCCACCAUGAACGGCAAGGGCGGAGACGGCGGAGGAGGGCACGAGAGCGGCGGGAGCGACGACGACAUGGACAUGCGGAAGCCACUGCUGGUGAACACGGGAAGCUGGUACAAGAUGGGGUCCAGCCUCACGGCGUCCUCCUCCAUGGCCAUGAUGCGCGAGUCCCACGUCUCCGCACUCCUCUGCACGCUCGUCGUGGCGCUCGGCCCCAUCCAGUUCGGCUUCACCGGCGGCUUCUCCUCGCCGACGCAGGACGCCAUCACCCGCGACCUCAGCCUCUCCAUCUCCGAGUUCUCGGUGUUCGGCUCGCUCUCCAACAUCGGCGCCAUGGUGGGCGCCAUCGCCAGCGGCCAGAUGGUGGAGCACGUUGGCCACAAAGGGGCGUUGAUGAUCGCUGCCAUUCCUAACAUCCUCGGCUGGCUCGCCAUCUCCUUGGCAAAAGACACUACGUUUCUGUAUACGGGGCGAUUGCUUGAAGGAUUUGGUGUUGGUAUCAUAUCCUACACGGUGCCCGUAUACAUAGCAGAGAUUUCUCCUCGGAACAAGAGGGGCGCUCUAGGUUGCGUGAACCCGUUGUCUGUAACUCUUGGGAUGGUGUUGGCCUAUGUGCUCGGCAUGCUUGUUCCUUGGAGGAUGCUUGCGGUGAUAGGAACCUUGCCAUGCACAAUAUUGAUACCUGGCCUACUCUUCAUUCCAGAAUCUCCAAGAUGGCUGGCAAAGAUGAACAAGAUGGAUGAUUUCGAAGCCUCCCUACAAGUUUUGAGAGGAUCUGAGACUGACAUCACCUCAGAAGUGAAUGAUAUAAAGACAGCAGUAGCAUCAGCAAACAAAAUGACGGCGAUUCGUUUCCAAGAGUUAAACCAAAAGAAAUUCCGCAUGCCCUUGACACUUGGAAUUGGCCUGCUUGUACUACAACAGCUAAGUGGGAUCAACGCCAUACUGUUUUAUGCAGGCAGCAUCUUCAAAGCUGCAGGUGUUACAAACAGCAACUUGGCCGCAUGUGGAGUUGGAGUUAUUGGGCUUCUUGCCACUGGAGCUACAACCUGGUUGCUAGACAGAGCUGGCCGGCGGAUCCUACUUAUUAUCUCUUCUGCCGGAACGACCCUAAGCCUUCUUGCAAUUGCCGUCAUAUUUUUUCUCAAGGACAACGUUUCACAAGAUUCUGACAUGUAUUACAUAUUAAGCAUGGUCUCCUUGUUUGCUAUUGUGGCUUAUGUGAUCACCUUCUCCUUCGGUAUGGGCGCCAUUCCAUGGGUCAUAAUGUCUGAGAUCCUGCCGGUUAGCAUCAAGAGCCUCGCGGGAAGCUUCGCGACGCUCGCCAACUGGCUGACCUCCUUCGGGAUAACAAUGACAGCAAACUUGCUGCUCAGCUGGAGUGCUGGAGGUUCACGCUCUUCCCUCUUCCCUCAAGUAGAAUUAUGGACCCACGGCACGGACCUGACGGAGAUCAUUUAUGUUUGUUUACGAUCUCGACAGGUACCUUUGCGUGCUACACGCUCGUGAGCGCGUUCACCCUCGUGUUCAUCAUCCUCUGGGUGCCGGAGACGAAGGGAAGAACUCUAGAGGAGAUACAGUGGUCGUUCCGGUGAGCUCGGUCCGAAGUUUUCACGGUAUAUAUGUCGGAAUUAUUCUUCAAGCCGGGCAUCGUCUUCUUUUUACUAGUCCGAUUGCUCGAUGAAGGCCAAUCAUACAAAAGAAAAGGAAAACUGUGUCGUCUGUAUUCCUGUACAGCCAUUGUUUCAGACGACUUUGUAAAGGGGGCAUGUAAUUAUUAUGCUCUGUUCUCUUCUCUGGGCUCCGUGCAGGUGCAGCUAGUGGUCAGCUCCCACUGUGAUACCCCCCGCAAAAAAAAAAAACGUUGAGAUUGUCCUGCUCUGUUCCAAACUUUUACUGCUAGUUCAAAGUGUUCAUGUGAACGUGGUGAAUAUUUGUGCCAUUGUGACAUACACCUUAUCUGAAAAGGAAAAAUUGCCCUGA